ACCAAUAUCAUCAUGCCAACAAUAUUCGUUCUAAUCGCUAUGUUGGGGAUAAUCGGCAACACUAUUGUCAUUUUCAUGGUAAUCAAGAACUUUAAAUUCAAGUCUAGCGGCAGUAGAGUUCCGGAUGUCUUCUUCAUCAGUUUGUCUGUGGUUGACCUGCUGUUUCUGAUGGGGAUGCCGUUUGUCAUCCCUGAGUUACUAGGGAACAGAGGUUGGUAUUUUGGACGCAGAAUGUGCACCGUCGUCUCGGUGAUGGACGCCAAUACCCAGUCCUGCAGCACCUACAUCCUCACGGCUAUGACUAUUGACCGGUACUUGGCCAUUGUCUACCCAUUGACCUCGGCUCGCUUCCGCAAGCCCUCGGUCGCCACCCUGACGGUCUGCUGUCUCUGCCUCCUCUCCUUUCUGAGUGUGACCCCGGUUUGGAUGUACGCUAGGCUCUUGCGGCAACCCGGCGGGGUCUCGGGCUGCGUUAUCCGCUUCCCCAACCCCAAGACCGACAUCUACUGGUUCACCCUUUACCAGUUCUUCCUGACGUUCGCUAUUCCUUUCACCAUCAUCUCAGUGGCUUACAGAAAAAUCCUGUUGAAGAUGAGCUCUCCCAGCCCUCUCCUCUCGCAGGAAAGGGCUAGACUGCGGACCAGGAGAGUGGCUCGAAUCGCCAGCUCCAUCUGCCUGGCUUUCCUCCUCUGCUGGGCACCUUUUUACCUGCUGCAGUUGGUGGAGUUGGCACCAGCCGAGCCCACCUUGAUGUUCUACUACGUCUAUGUGGCUGCGGUCGGCUUGGGCUAUGCUAGCAGCUGCCUCAAUCCUUUCAACUACAUUAUCCUGUGCAACAAUUUUAAGAAAAGCUUCAUCGUCUCCGUGCGGCCCUCCUCCGACUCUCAGGAGGUCCACAGGGCGGUGGCUUGGAUCGGGAAGGAUGCGACGCACCAACAAGAUCAGGACCACGGACAGCGACAACCGACUCUCCUCUCCCCCAGGUCAGGGAACACCAGCUAA